AUGAAACAUACACUAUUCUUACCAAUCGGUAGUAUUAUUUUGGAUCGUGAUACGUCUAAAUCCUAUGUAAUCACAGAUAUACUAGGCCAGGGCGGCUUUGCACAGUGUUAUUCCGUCCUAAGUAUACCUAAUAAUCAUGAAUUCGCCGCCAAAAUCAUCAAAAAGUCAGAAUUAGUCCGACCCAAAAACAAACAAAAGUUACUUUCUGAGAUAAAGAUACACUUAUCAGUGAAUCAUAAGAAUAUUGUUAAAUUACAUACUUAUUUUGAAGAUGAAGAUUUCGUCUAUCUUCUUAUGGAAAUGUGUCAUAACAAGAGUGUAAUGGACCUACUUAAGAAGAGAAAGACGAUUGAAGAGAAGUACGUUCGUGUUUUCUUAUUACAAAUACUUAGUGCACUAGAUUAUCUUCAUAAUGAAUGCUCAGUUGUUCAUCGAGAUAUGAAAUUAGCUAAUUUAUUCUUAGAUCGUAACUUCAAUAUUAAAGUUGGUGAUUUUGGUCUAGCGGCAGUUAUAGAUAAGGAAGAAAGAAAAAAGACAAUUUGUGGGACUCCCAAUUACAUUGCUCCUGAAGUCUUGUUUAAUUCAGCUACUGGACAUUCUUAUGAAGUUGAUAUCUGGUCAGUUGGUGUUAUUGUUUAUACUAUGAUUAUUGGUAAACCGCCUUUUCAAAAGAGUGAUGUUAAAGAGAUUUAUAAGUGUAUUAAAACCAAUAGUUAUACCUAUCCAGCCGAUGCUAAAAUCAGUCAUAGUGCUCGUGUUCUAAUUGCUGGCUUACUAGAACUAGAUCCUCAGAAAAGACUUACGCUUAGCCAAAUCUACCAAUCGGACUUUAUCAGGGAUGUUUCAACUGAACUCAACCAGCCACCAACUACUGAGCAAGAAAAUACCCGACCUUCUUAUCAAUCCCGUCUACCCGAUCCAACCCUAAGUACUACUGCUACUACUACCACCACUACCACUACAAUUCCUUCCCAUUCUCAACCCACUCAACCCAUUCAAACUAUGCCACCUCCAUCUACUACUACUACUACUACUACUUACCCUAACUACUUCCCUCCUAGUACUAAGCCGGGUCUUCUUUCAUCUGUUCUGGGCUUUGUUCUUUCUCUUUUAGACCAACCGGGCUCGUAUCUGCCUAUUAGUACUAGUUGUCCUAAUGAUUAUGUUGUGCAUACAAUAGAUACAAUGAGUAAGUAUGGGAUUGGGUACAUUUUAGCCUCAGGUACAGUUGGGAUCCUUUUUAAUGAUUGUACGUCCUUAGUCCUUCGUUCUUUAGCUGUAGCUGAAGUUCGGAGUAAGCAGACUAGUUAUAGCUUUGAGUAUAUGGAGCAUAAGACGUAUGGCAAGCAAAAGAUCAUUACUCGUGAGAAGCACCAGACGAGUAAUGCUCCAGCCCAUCUUAAAAAGAAGAUCUUAUUGACGCCUUACUUUGUGGAGGCUCUUUUUGAACACUUUCAGUUUAGUGCGAGUAAUGUUGAUGAAUCUGUUUUUGUUAUCAAACACGUUAAUUUUACCAAAGGUCCUGUCUUACGACUUAGUAAUCGGACUAUCGUUUUUAUUAUCAACGAGUCAGUUUUAGUCUUCUAUAAUGAGGGUCAGUCACUUUUUGCAGGGGGUAGACCACAGAUAGAUAGACACCAGCUUAUUUACUGCCAGCAAGCUCUUAAUGUUCUUUUGAAGAAGUAA